AUGGCUCUCUCUCUUCAAUCAUCAUCAUCGGAAGCAUCUAAAUCGCAAAUGAUGGCAAUCCAUGCACAACUUAAUUUUCCGUAUGGUGUUUUUGUUUCAUCCAAUGAUGAAGUUUAUAUUGCAGAUACCUCGAAUCAUAGAAUUAGAAAAAUUAUGAAAAAUGGAAUGAUCACAACCAUUGCAGGAAAUGGAACUCGAGGAUAUAAUGGAGACAAUCAAUUGGCAACAAAUGCUCAACUCUAUCGUCCACACAGUGUUUUUGUUUCAUCUAAUAAUGAAGUUUAUAUUGCAGAUAGCUGUAAUGAUAGAAUUAGAAAAAUAUUACCCGCUAAUCAUAGGAUUAGAAAAAUUAUGAGAAAUGGAAUGAUCACAACCAUUGCAGGAAAUGGAAUUGAAGGAUACAAUGGAGAUAGCCCCUAUCAACCAUCCCUUUCACAUUUCUCUCCUUUCAUUUCACGCAUUUCGAAACAUGAAAGAGACAUGAUUCCCAACACCAAACUCAUUGUUUUUCAACCACUUUUUGAAAAACUUUAUCCUCAUUUUCAUUCCACCAUUUUGAAAGAUUUUAAUUUACUUUCUGACAUGUCUUGUCGUGAACUUGAAUUGAUUCAAAAUGUCAUUGAUUUUGUUUUAUAUGAUCCAGAUACGAUUGUGGAACCUAUAAUGAUUUCUGAAAUUAUUGAAUACUUGUACAUUUUGGGUCUUGCUCACUGUGAAUUCAUGGAAUUGAAAAACUAUUUAAUUUCGAUAUUAUUGGAGAAACACAUGAAAUCUGAUCAUGUCAUUGAUACAUUGUUGAUGAUUGAACAACACUUGACAAAACAACCCUCUCAUUCCAUCAUGACUAAGUUGAAGAAUUAUUGUUUGGAAUUUGUUCAAAUCAAAUUAAGAGAAGGAUUGAAUAUUAUGACAGACCCAAGAUUCAUUCCUUACAAUGUUGAAAUUCUUGAAAAAAGUUCAAUUACAAAGAUAUCUCCCAUCGUUCUUGAAGAGUCAACUGAAAAUACAAUAUCACCAAACGAAAUGAUCAAGUCAUUGUGGAAUGACAAACGUACGAGUGACAUUCGAAUCAAACUCUCUCAUAAGAACGACAAUUCAUUCAUUUAUGGUCAUCGAACCAUAUUGAGUUCUCGUGGAAAACUUUUUGAAGCCAUGUUCAACAGUGGAUAUGAAUUGGAAGAUCUGAAAUAUGAUGAAAAAGAUGAAAUUUUGACACUCAUUCCUUCCACACCUGAAGAUGCAAUGAAUUUGGAAUAUAUUGUCAAAUAUUGUUAUGAUCAAUUGGAGCAGAUUGAACCAGAACAUGCCAUUUCUCUCAUUUUAACAGCUUCAGCGAAUGAAAUGUCAGAAUUAGUUUCUCUUGCAUUCAAAUCCAUUCAAAUUGAUUGCAAUAAUUAUUUUGAAAUUGCCAAUUCAUUGGAUUUUGAAAAUGAUUUAUUUUCAGAAGUGAUUCAAAUCAUGAUUGAUUUUGGAGUGAAUCACAGAAAUGAAUUAUUCAAAGAAAAUUCUGAUCUUGAUCAAUUACCUGCUUCCCUUUCACACAAAUUGUUGAGAGAGUUUGAAAAUUUGUAA